AUGAAUUCAUACAAUCAAUUUGAUCGUUCAAAACACUUUACGGAAGGAACUACAUGGACUGGUACCAAUGAUUCCAAAUUACUUUUACCUUACAUGAAAUCUGAUCUCAACAUCGAAGUGAUGGAUUAUGUUCUGAAUCAACCAAUUCGUGCAGCCGUUUCUCUCAAUUGUAAUUUAUUCGAAUCUGAAAUAGCUAAUCUCGUGGCAGAUUGUUACCAUUAUGCAAUAGAUAUUGUCAUACGUGAUCCAACAUGUCCGAGAGCAAAACUCUGGGAUUAUUCACAUCUUAUUCAAGAGAAUAAACAUGGACUUAUUUUACAUGAACAACUCCAAAAACAAGUUCAGAUUUCACCACAUCAUUCAACUGUGCAUAUCAAAAGCAGAUAUAUAAAUAUGUGA